GGACCCAGACGCUGAAGCUUACUGACAUCCUUCCUGUAGCCAUGUGACUGGAACUUCACACAGUGCUCCCAUUGUGGUCAUACUGACAGUUGUGGUACAUUGCUGAUCUUUGAGAGUUACAGCGGUUAAUAAAAGUUAAAGAUUGGCUUUAUUUGGAACAUACAGUGAGACGUGUUGUUUGCAUCGAUGACAGACACAGUUCAAGGAUGUUCUGGGGACAGCCCACAAGUGUCACUAUGCUUUUGGCACCAUCGCAGCGUGUCCACAACUUGCUACCUCUGACGGCGACGCCUUUGGAACGUGGGAGGAAACUGGAGCACCCGGUGGGAUCCCAGUCACGGGGAGAACGUGCAAGUUUCUGCAGACAGCCGUGGGAUUUGAGCUCCGACUGCCGGCACCGUGAGGUCGGUUAUUCUGAGUGAGGGGCCGUGUAAGCGUUUCUGAUUAACCAUGAGUGUGAUCGCCUACCUGAAGACUCACUUCAUCGUCCACCUUCUGCUGGGAUUUGUGUUUGUUGUCAGUGGCUUCUGCAUCAACUUCAUCCAGCUCUGCACUCUGCCCAUCUGGUUAUUCAGCAAACAACUCUACAGGCAUCUCAACUGCUUUCUCGCCUACUCGCUGUGGAGCCAACUGGUCCUGCUGCUAGAAUGGUGGUCCGGUACGGAAUGCACGCUUUUCACUGACCAGGCCACUGUGGACAAAUUUGGCAAGGAGCAUGUCAUUGUCAUCUUAAAUCACAAUUAUGAAAUUGACUUCCUGUGUGGUUGGACCAUGUGUGAGAGAUACGGCGUUCUGGGGAGUUCCAAAGUUUUGGCCAAACAGGAGCUACUGUACGUCCCCCUGAUCGGAUGGACGUGGUACUUCCUGGAGAUAGUUUUCUGUAAGCGCCGUUGGGAUGAGGACCGAGACACCGUCACGAGUGGACUUCAGGCACUGCGGGACUACCCACAGUACAUGUGGUUUCUGCUGUACUGUGAGGGCACUCGGUUUACCGAGAAGAAGCAUCGGAUCAGUAUGGAGGUGGCUGAGUCAAAGGGCUUGCCGAAGUUGAAACAUCACCUGUUACCCAGGACCAAAGGGUUCACCACCACAGUGGAGUAUCUCAGGGGGACUGUUACUGCUGUGUAUGACGUGACGUUAAACUUCCGAGACAGGGAGAACCCAACACUACUCGGGAUACUGCAUGGGAAGCAGUACCACGCAGACAUGUGUGUCAGGCGGUUUCCUCUGGAGGAGAUCCCCGAAGACGAGAAGGAGUGCGCUGCGUGGCUGCACAAACUGUACCAGGACAAGGACGCUCUGCAGGAGCAAUACAACAAGGAAGGCACGUUUCCCGGACAACGGAUUCAGCCCCGCCGCCGGCCGUGGCCCUUCCUUAACUGGCUCUUCUGGGUGGUGGUACUGCUGACGCCGCUGUUCAGCUUCACGGUCGGAGUGUUUGUCAGCGGGUCCCCGGUCCUAAUCUGCUCGUUCCUGCUGCUUGUGGGUGCAGCCUCAUUUUGUGUGCGACGGCUGAUCGGAGUGACGGAGAUCGGAAAAGGUUCAAGCUAUGGAAACCAGGAAUUCAAGAAGGCAAUAUAGAGACAUUAACAGACACCUAUUUACCGAGAUAACUCUGUGACUCUGGGAAUGUUCCACUCUCCUCCACCUACAGUAACUAACUAGCAACAGGAGCCAAGAACCAGCCAUUCCACGGUCUGCUGAUGGAGAGUGACCACCCUGGACCACACAGUCCACUCUCAGCCCACCAUCCCUACACCCUGUCAAACCCAGGCUCGUCCAUGCCCUCCCCACACUUCUCCUGGCUGGAGUUCAUCUCUUCCUCCCCACUUCCCCAGCGUCAGUCAGCUCUGCACCCCUACCUCCACAUAUUGGCAACUGGGAUUAACCAAAGGCUGAGCUCGAAGACCAGCUUGUAGUGGAUGUCAACCUCUGUCCAUGAGUGCAGCGGGAAAUCCAUUCCCCAACCACCCCCCCCACCCCACCGUCUGUUAGGGUAGCAGGGAAUCCAUCCCUCUCCUUUCUCUUCCUCACCACCUCUGCACCUCUGUCCAUGAGUGCAGCAGGAAAUCCAUUCCCCAACCUCCCCCUACCGUCCAUGAGUGCAGCAGGGAAUCCAUCCCUCCCCUUCCUCUUCUCCCUCCCCCACCCUUGUCCAUUAAGGUAGCAGGAAAUCCAUCCUUCCUCUUCCUCUUCCCCUCCAUCUCUGUCCAUGAGUGCAGCAGGAAAUCCAUCCCCCCCCCUUCUUCCACCCACCCGUCCAUGAGUGCAGCUGGAAACCUGUCCCUCUCCUUCCUCUUCUCCCUCCCCCCCCACCUCCCCCCCCCGUCCAUUAGGGUAGCAGGAAAUCCCUUUCUCUCAGUAUUUCCCUUUUUGCUCUUUUCAUUUUCUUUCUUAUCCUCUCUCUUUCACACCUUCCCUCGCCCCUUCUCUUUCCCUUUCUUUGUCUUUCUCUCAAAUUGGCUCCUCCCCACCCCUCUCUUGCUGUUCUUCCUUUCUCCAUGUCUCUUUAAAAGUCCAUCUGUCUUCCCUCUUUGUGAUGUCUCCUCCCUCUCCACCUCUUUCAAACCCCUCUCUGUCUAUCCAUAUAUAUCUUCAAAACCCUCCUCUCUAUAUAUCUUUCUCUGUCUUCAACCCCCUCCCCAUAUCUGUCUUCAACUCCCCUCUCUAUAUCUCUCUCUGUCCCUCUCCCCACCCCCUCUCUAUUCCUCUCCCCAUCCUCCCUUCUACAGUUUACCUGUUCUAGUUCUGGGAUUCUUCCUGGAUUCGUGCUCAGAUCUGAGGUGUAUGUAUUGGUUAAAUCAUGUAACUACCUUUGGUCUGACCCAAUACGAUGAUAGAAUUGUCUCUGUGGGGUUAGGCUGGCUUUAUCACACACAAACACCUUGGUUCUCGCCAGUUACUGUGUGUGUGUGUGUGUGUGUGUGUGUGUGUGUCUCUCUGACUGUCUGACUGACUGUCCCGGUAUGGGUUGUGUGUGAACGUCCCCGGUAAGGGUCGGUGUGUGUGUGUGUCUGACUGACUGUCCUGGUAUGGGUUGUGUGUGAACGUCCCCGGUAAGGGUCGGUGUGUGUGUGUGACUAACUGUCCCGGUAUGGGUUGUGUGUGAACGUCCCCGGUAAGGGUCGGUGUGUGUGUGUGACUAACUGUCCCGGUAUGGGUUGUGUGUGAACGUCCCCGGUAAGGGUCGGUGUGUGUGUGUGACUAACUGUCCCGGUAUGGGUUGUGUGUGAACGUCCCCGGUAAGGGUCGGUGUGUGUGUGUGACUAACUGUCCUGGUAUGGGUUGUGUGUGAACGUCCCCGGUAAGUGUCAGUGAGUGUGUGUGUGUGUGUGAGAGAGAGAGAGACACCGUCCCUGGUGAGGGUCGGUGUGUGUGAAUGUCCCCGGUAAGGGUCUGUACAUGUGUGUGUGUGUGUGUGUGUGAGAGAGAGAGAGACCAUUCAUGGUACAGGUCGGUGUCUGUGUGUGUGGCUGUCCCUGUUACGGGUCAGUGUGUAUGUGCGUGUGUGACUGUCCCUGGUACAGGUCGGUGUGUAUGUGCGUGUGUGACUGUUCCUGGUACAGGUCGGUGUGUAUGUGCGUGUGUGACUGUUCCUGGUACAGGUCGGUGUGUAUGUGCGUGUGUGACUGUCCCUGGUACAGGUCGGUGUGUAUGUGCGUGUGUGACUGUUCCUGGUACAGGUCGGUGUGUAUGCGUGUGUGACUGUUCUUGUUACAGGUCGGUGUCUGUGUGUGAAAGCUGGGUCUGGCACCACGGUGAUUGGGAAGACUCGGCCGUUCUGUUUACAGAUGAGGAUCUGUGCCCUCCAUUUGACCAAGUCUCAGUGGGACCCUGUGCACAGGUGGAUGGGGGGAGUUAUGUGCUGUACUAUACAUCUGCUCACUGUGACAGUGUGGAAUUAAACCCCUGCCUGGGUUCCCGGGGUCCUUCUAACCUCUGCAGGGCCAGCACAGUCUGGGCAAACCUGUCGGAUGCAAUAAAACCCACGUCAACCCUCUGACUGCGUGAGAUAUUACAGCGAACAUGGUGAACAUCUGCCUGUUGACAGCACACUGUUAGCAGCGUACUGAAGACAUGGUUUUCAGUGUUUCAUCUGAGUGUGCAGUGCAUUGCAGUGUUAACUCUUUUGGAAACUCCAUAACUUGAAACAACCGUUUAUCUCCCCGCUGACCCACCCAGCAGCAAGUAGGUGUAGCUUCCACCUAAAGGAGAUCUGGUUGUAGAGACAACAGAGUUCAUUACUAAUUUAUCCCCAUCCCUGUAACCAGCAGACAGGGCAGUGCCGAGGAGGUUCACACAGAGUCCACUCCCACACCCACGUUCCUGUUGUUCCAUUCCAGUAGGAGCACUCUGGGAAUGUUGUGUGGAUCGCCCUGUUUCUGCCUCACCUGUCCUGCCACUGGUCUGUGAGUGAGGGUGCCGUGGAUCCCAGCUCCCAGCUGCUGCACUCCUUACCUCUCCCACCCCUCCAACCCCUGAGAGUACAGAUACUGAGGGCCCACAAUGAGAGCCGCCUCCUCUACCCACUCGUCCCUUCCCUGGAUCAAACCAUCGCACUCCUCCCUCCCACACCCAAACGCGACUCUUUUCUCUCCCUUGCCCCUUCCCUCCUUCCAUUCUUGCCAGCACGCUGACCACAUCCUCACUUAAACACGGGGUAAUUUUUGGAAAGAACCAGUUCAAAAUAAAAGGUCCAGUGUUAGAUUGAUCACCGGGGGAGGGGGGAGUGAAGCCACAGGAGGAGCAAUGCUGGCUGAGGGAGCGAAGCAACCUCUACUUGACUAUGGACAUCUUGCAAAUGGUUCAUGGCGAUUUUGUGAAAAAUACUGGACUGAGAAUGGGGUAUGGACACUCUCAAUCAGACCAGAGUGACAGACAAGAGAAUAGGAACAUUCCCCAUUAGAAACUGAGCCUACGCAGAGGGAGCUUCACUCUGUGUCGAACUGUCCCUGUCCUGGGAGUGUGUGAAGGGACAGUGUGGAGGGAGCUUCACUCUGUAUCUAACUGUCCCUGUCCUGGGAGUGUGUGAUGGGACAGUGUGGAGGGAGCUUCACUCCGUAUCUAACUGUCCCUGCCCUAUGAGUGUGUGAUGGGACAGUGUGGAGGGAGCUUCACUCUGUAACUAACUGUCCCUGUCCUGGGAGUGUGUGAUGGGACAGUGUAGAGGGAGCUUCACUCUGUAUCUAACUGUCCCUGUCCUGGGAGUGUGUGAUGGGACAGUGUAGAGGGAGCUUCACUCUGUAUCUAACUGUCCCUGUCCUGGGAGUGUGUGAUGGGACAGUGUGGAGGGAGCUUCACUCUGUAACUAACUGUUCCUGCCCCCAUACAGAGUAUGAUCUAUUUCUAGAGCCUUUAAUGACAAAAUAUUUAUUCUGCAUUGGCAUCCCUCCCCUCUGUAAACAAAUAAUUUACUGAAAGCAUUGACAUGAUUGUUUUUAUAAUAUGGUAGUUCAUUUCAAUAAAGGAGUACGAUAACUGGUAAACGUGGGCUGUGGGUAGAUCCAUGCAGACAGGUGACAGGUUUCCAACCCUUUGGGCUGAGGGAGAUGUCUGUUCCACCCAGCACUGCAUCAGGGUUGGUAUCACUCGAUGUGAAGUGGUCUUUAUCACCAUCACCCACAGCAGUUCCUCUGGGUUACAUGCCCAUCUGAAGGUAACGGUGAGCCCACUCUGCCUGAGGUGAACAGAAGACAUAGGAGUACAAUUAGGCCAUUUGGCCCAUCAAGUCUAUUCCGCCAUUCCAUCAUGGCUGAUUUAGUAUCCUUCUCCCCGUAACCAUUGACACCCUGACUUAUCAUGAACCUAUCAACCUCUGCUUUAAAUAUAUCCAAUGAUUUAGCCUCCACACCCAUCUGUGGUGAUGAAUUCCACAGAUUCACCACCCUCUGACUAAAGAAAUUUCUUCUCAUGUCUUCUAAAUGGAUGCCUGCGUGUUCUGAGGCUGUGCCCUCUCGUCCUAUACUUCCCCAUUGUCGGAAGCAUCUCUCCACAUCCACUCUAUCUCGGCCUUUCAAUAGUCAGCAGGUUUACCAUAAGUUUCCCCUUCAUUCUUCUGAACUCUCUCGAGUACAGGCCCAGAGCCAUCAAAUGCUCCUCUUACCAUUGUAAGUACUUUAGGGCUGUGCUGAUUUGUAUGUUCCGGGCUUUGGGGCUGUAGAUGGGGACUGAUCUGUUGUACGGCAAGACGUGGCAAUUCCUUUCCAGUCUUCCACUACUGAUCCCCUGCUUCUUCCCAUCUCUGCAUGUCCGACGGUAUCACGCACUUAACACAAGGACUUCAGGGAAUGCCGCACUUGUAGCGGAUAAACCGCGCCGCGGUUCUCGGGACCGUGGGCGCCUGUCGCGUCCAUCCUGCAUUUCAGAAUAAAGGAAUAAAUGAUUUCACUCUUUCCCCCGACUCAGGUCUGCUGCUGUGGGUUCACCCCCGACACUAGGUGGGGGGACAUGGGACAGGCAUAGAGGCUGGUGCACUGGUCAUGAAAGGUGGGUGGUAUUUACACUGAGGAACCGGGAACUCUCAAUUAUCUCUGCCUGAGCAGCUCUGAUAUGGACAACAGCAUG